CUGGACGAGUGCAACAUGAGAACAUCGCGGUGAAUGACUUUUGCGCAAUCCAAACGUGACAUUUUCCAACUUGCGCAAUAAACCACUUGCCCAUCUUCAGAACCCAUCGUGAUCACAUCCGACCGCAUCCCAAACCCAAACCGACGUCAACCAAAUCAUUCCAGAACCGAAUAUCGUCCCCGCAACAAUGAGCUCCGCAACCAGAGUCAUCGAAUCCCGCGUCUUCUCCGCUCCCAUCGCCACCGUGUGGCGCCAUGUGCGCUCGGCCGACUUUAAGUUCUGGACGAGCGCCGUGAAGGAUGCUGCUGCUGUCGAGGGCGGGGCGGCUGGUGAAGUCGGGUCCCAGCGCAAAGUCAGCUUCAAGGACGGCACCGUGCAGAGGUACCAGAUCGUUGAGUUGUCCGACCUCUCCUUCUUCAUCACCUACGAGCUGAUCGAAAGCACCCCGGCCGUGCUCUCGGCCGCCGCGAUCCACACCAUCCGUCUGCGUAAAGUCACACACGACAACUCAACCCUCGUCGAAUGGGAAUCCGACUUCUCAGCCAGCGGCAACGACACCGCGAGCGUCGUCGAGGACUCGAGGUUGAAGAAGAAGGAGGCUUUGGCUGACCUCGCCAAAGCCCUCGGAUCCAAAUAGAUUCCUGCUGCUCCAACAUUCCCCACAUUCCCCCUCUGUUCGUUUCAUGUAGUACACGUAACAGAGAGUCGGGUUAUCGAAGCCGCACAGAAAGCAGAACAUGUGUUGAUGCAUGUGCCUGGGAGAGAAGGCGAGGGGGGGAUGGGAGAUAGGAAGGAAAGGCUAGGUGUAG